AUGUACGGGACCAGGCCAAGCAGAGGGCGGCCACCGGGGACAAGUGGAACACGCAGGUAUGUAGCGCGGGACUGCGAGCAGGCCACGCUGGCCAAGAGCAGGGUCGAGCAGGCGCAGCGGGACCAGGCCAAGCAGAGGGCGGCCACCGGGGACAAGUGGAACACGCAGGCCACGCUGGCCAAGAGCAGGGUCGAGCAGGCGCAGCGGGACCAGGCCAAGCAGAGGGCGGCCACCGGGGACAAGUGGAACACGCAGGCCACGCUGGCCAAGAGCAGGGUCGAGCAGGCGCAGCGGGACCAGGCCAAGCAGAGGGCGGCCACCGGGGACAAGUGGAACACGCAGGCCACGCUGGCCAAGAGCAGGGUCGAGCAGGCGCAGCGGGACCAGGCCAAGCAGAGGGCGGCCACCGGGGACAAGUGGAACACGCAGGCCACGCUGGCCAAGAGCAGGGUCGAGCAGGCGCAGCGGGACCAGGCCAAGCAGAGGGCGGCCACCGGGGACAAGUGGAACACGCAGGCCACGCUGGCCAAGAGCAGGGUCGAGCAGGCGCAGCGGGACCAGGCCAAGCAGAGGGCGGCCACCGGGGACAAGUGGAACACGCAGGUAUGUAGCGCGGGACUGCGAGCAGGCCACACUGGCCAAGAGCAGGGUCGAGCAGGCGCAGCGGGACCAGGCCAAGCAGAGGGCGGCCACCGGGGACAAGUGGAACACGCAGCGCGGGACUGCGAGCAGGCCACGCUGGCCAAGAGCAGGGUCGAGCAGGCGCAGCGGGACCAGGCCAAGCAGAGGGCGGCCACCGGGGACAAGUGGAACACGCAGCUAUUCAGCCCGAUGGGGGAGGACGCGUGGGAGUACAACGCGCCGCUGCGCAAGCGCCGCGAGCGCCGCGACGACAGCGAGCGGUAA